AUGCCGAGGGGCUUCCUGGUGAAGCGAACCAAGCGCUCGGGCUGCUCCUACCGCGCGCGCCCGGUGGAGCCGCUUUUCCCUCCUCCGGAUCCCCUCGCAGCGCAACCCUCACCGAAGGAGCCCGGUCGGGGGCUUUUGGGGUCCCCCUGCCUCGCACCCCCGCAGGACGGCGCCGAGUGGGGCGCGGGUGGCGGCGACGGCCCCGGCCCCAGCCCCGCGAGGCCGGCGGGCCCCGAGCUGCGUCGCGCGUUCCUGGAGCGCUGCCUGCGCUCGCCGGUCUCUGCGGAGUCCUUCCCCAGCGCCACCGCCUUCUGCUCCGCGGCGCCCGCGGCCGUGACCUCGGGGGAGCAGUUGGUACCGCCGCGGGUCCCUGUAUCCGUCCCAAUCCCAAUCCCCGUGUCCGCCCCGCAUGGCCUCCAGCGCCGCGGUAAGGGUGCCCCAGGCUGCGCCUCAGCGCCCGCAGCCGUCAGGAAACCUAAGGCGGUGAGGAGGCUGAGCUUCGCAGAUGAGGUGACCACGUCCCCGGUGCUGGGUCUGAAGAUCAAAGAGGAGGAGCCCGGGGCUCCGGCACGGGCUCUGGGCGGCGUCCGCACCCCGCUGGGGGAGUUCAUCUGCCAGCUGUGCAAGCACCAGUACGCGGACCCCUUCGCUCUGGCUCAGCACCGCUGCUCCCGCAUCGUGCGCGUCGAGUACCGCUGUCCCGAGUGCGACAAGGUCUUCAGCUGCCCCGCGAACCUCGCCUCCCACCGCCGCUGGCACAAGCCACGUCCCACGCCUGCCUGCGCCGCGAGUAAACCUCCCCACGCGCCUCUGACCCCUCCGGACCCUUCCCUGGCGGCGGGCAAGGAGAACGGCCGCGUGCCGCGGACCGACGAUCAGCACCCGCAGGCUCCGGACAGCUCCGGGGACGGUCAGCACCGGGACAGCGCCGCGCGCCCGGGCCUACAGGCUCUAGUGUACCCGGAGGCCGCACGACCCCAGGCUCCCUACCCCGAGGUGAUUCUAGGGCGCCACGGGCCGGGGUCGAGCGGUGCCAGCGCAGGAGCGACAUCCGAGGUCUUCGUGUGCCCGUACUGUCACAAAAAGUUCCGUCGCCAAGCCUAUCUGCGUAAGCACCUGGGCACCCAUGAGACGGGCUCCGCCCGUGCACCAACUCCGGGUUUUGGCUCGGAGCGCACGGCCCCACUCACCUUUGCGUGCCCGCUUUGCGGGGCGCACUUCCCAUCCGCGGACAUUCGAGAGAAGCACCGGCUAUGGCACGCUGUCCGCGAGGAGCUGCUACUGCCCGCCUUGGUCGGGGCACCUUCGGAAGCAGGCCCCGGAGGGGCAUCCGAUGGAAGCGCUCAGCAGAUUUUCUCCUGCAAGUACUGCCCGUCCACUUUUUUUAGCUCCCCCGGCUUGACCCGGCACAUCAAUAAGUGCCACCCCUCCGAAAGCCGGCAAGUGCUGCUGCUGCAGAUGCCACUGAGGCCUGGCUGUUGA